CGAGGGGCGGCGGAAGCGGAAGCGCCCCGGCGGUGGGGGCCGCGGGAAGUGUAUGUUGCGUUUCUCCCUCCCUCCACCACUACAACAAACGGAGGGCUGGCGUAGGUCUUUGAACUCAAGUAACCAAAAGGAGAGAUUUGCUCUUUGAUACUGGAGAUAACGCAGCAAUGGGUCCAAGAAAGAAAAGUGUUAAAACGUGUCUCAUGAACAAUGAUAUUCCUGAAGAAACAAUAUCAGAUGAAACAAAGGACUAUAUGAAUCAACUUUCACAUGAAGUGCUUUGCCAUAUUUUUAGGUACCUCCCUCUGCAGGAUAUCAUGUGUAUGGAAUGUCUUUCCCGGAAGCUAAAGGAAGCAGUCACCCUAUAUCUGAGAGUUGUGAGGGUAGUGGAUCUUUGUGCAGGGCGAUGGUGGGAAUACAUGCCAAGUGGCUUCACAGAUUCCAGUUUUCUGACACUAUUGAAGAAGAUGCCAGAUGUUGAACAGCUAUAUGGCCUUCACCCUAGAUACCUUGAGAGGCGAAGGGUACGGGGCCACGAGGCUUUUAGCAUUCCAGGAGUUCUGGAAGCUUUGCAGGCAUGCCCGAACUUAGUGGGUGUGGAAACUUCUCAUUUGGAAUUGGUAGAAUCUAUUUGGACAUACAUGCCACAUGUUCAUAUUUUGGGGAAGUUUCGUAAUCGUAAUGGAGCAUUUCCAAUUCCUCCUGAAAAUAAACUGAAAAUUCCUGUAGGAGCCAAAAUCCAAACUUUACAUUUAGUUGGGGUGAAUGUUCCUGAAAUUCCUUGUAUCCCAAUGCUAAGGCACCUUUAUAUGAAGUGGGUAAGACUCACUAAACCACAGCCAUUCAAAGAUUUUCUUUGCAUCAGCUUACGAACUUUUGUCAUGAGGAACUGUGCAGGACCCACAAACUCCUUGAAAUAUGUCCCUUUAGUAACAGGCUUAGCCUCUGCCCGCAACUUGGAACAUUUGGAAAUGGUUCGAGUUCCUUUCCUUGGAGGUCUUAUCCAACAUGUAGUUGAAGACAGUUGGAGAUCAGGUGGUUUUAGAAAUUUGCACACUAUUGUUUUGGGAGCUUGCAAAAAUGCACUUGAAGUAGAUCUUGGUUACCUCAUCAUCACUGCUGCCCGUAGGUUACAUGAAGUUCGGAUCCAGCCUUCCCUAACCAAAGAUGGCGUCUUUUCUGCCCUGAAGAUGGCAGAGUUGGAGUUCCCCCAGUUUGAAACCCUUCAUCUGGGAUAUGUAGAUGAGUUUUUGCUGCAGAGCAGAAUGGCUAAUGCAGAUCUCGUGAAGUAUGGUUUGGCUGAUGUGGUAGAAAAUCCUGGUAUCAUCACUGAUAUAGGGAUGAAGGCAGUCAAUGAAGUUUUUUCCUGUAUCAAAUAUCUGGCAAUUUAUAAUUGCCCCCAUCUACAUAACCCAUACAAUUGGAUCUCAGACCACUCAAGAUGGACUCGAUUGGUUGAUAUCAACUUAGUGCGUUGCCAUGCUUUGAAGCUGGACUCCUUUGGCCAGUUUAUUGAAUUGUUGCCCAGCCUGGAGUUUAUUUCACUGGACCAGAUGUUUCGUGAGCCACCCAAAGGCUGUGCUCGGGUUGGUCUGAGUGCAGGCACAGGAAUUGGGGUUUCCUCGGCCCUUGUUAGCAAUCAGAACUCCAACAAUGACAAUGAUAAUAAUGCCCAGAAUAAUGCCAACAUCCACGACAACAAUCACCAUCACCCAGAUGACUCAGACGAGGAGAACGACUUCCGGCAAGACCUGCAGCCAGGAGAGCAGCAGUUUGCAGCCGACGCACUGAACGAGAUGGAAGACAUGGUUCCAGAAGAUGGAGAGGUGACGGCUGAGAGUGAGCAUGAGGCUCCAGCUCACAGUCAGGCAGUUAUUCCUGUGGACGUCGACGAGGAACAAGCAGGACCCAGCGGUCUUCAGCGUGUAGUAAAACCAACCCCAAUUACUGUCCAUGACUCAGAGAGUGACGAUGAGGAAGACAGUCUAGAACUCCAAGAAGUCUGGAUUCCUAAGAAUGGUGCCCGGCGUUUCUCUGAGCGUGAAGAAAAAGCCGGAGAGUCUGUACAGUCCAGGGAAUUAUCAGAGGUUGCCAAAACAAAGCCACGUCAUGCCAUGAAGCGGAAGCGGACAGCAGAUAAGUCCACCAGUACCAGUGAUCCUGUGAUUGAGGAUGAUCAUGUGCAGGUCCUUGUAUUAAAAUCCAAAAAUCUUGUUGGAGUCACUAUGACCAACUGUGGAAUCACAGAUCUAGUGCUGAAAGACUGUCCCAAGAUGAUGUUUAUCCAUGCUACCAGGUGCAGGGUACUGAAACAUUUAAAAGUAGAAAAUGCACCAAUUGUAAACCGAUUUGACUAUGCACAAUGCAAGAAACUGAAUAUGGAUCAGGUACUAGACCAGAUACUAAGGAUGCCUCCUGAGAGAAACCGUAUCAUAUACCUACGCCCCAUGCAGCAGGUGGACACACUAACGUUGGAGCAGAAGCUAUUUAGUGGUCCCUACCCCUAUCACAUCUGUAUUAUCCAUGAAUUCAGUAACCCUCCCAAUGUCCGGAACAAGGUGCGCAUUCGCAGCUGGAUGGACACAAUAGCAAACAUUAACCAAGAGCUCAUUAAGUAUGAAUUCUUCCCUGAAGCCACACGAAGUGAAGAUGACUUAAAGAAGUAUCCCAAGUACCCGUGGGGUAGAGAAAUCUAUACUUUAGAAGGUGUUGUGGAUGGAGCGCCGUAUUCCAUGAUUUCUGACUUCCCUUGGUUGAGAUCACUACGGGCAGCAGAACCCAACAGCUUUGCCAGAUAUGAUUUUGAGGAUGAUGAAGAAAGCACCAUCUAUGCUCCUCGAAGGAAAGGGCAGCUGUCUGCAGACAUCUGUAUGGAAACAAUAGGAGAGGAAAUUUCAGAGAUGCGUCAGAUGAAGAAGGGCGUGUUUCAGCGAGUAGUGGCAAUUUUUAUCCACUAUUGUGACGUCAAUGGAGAGCCUGUUGAAGAUGACUACAUUUAACUGGUCCCUCCUCUUUCCAGCUAUUCUGGCAGUAAGCUGCUGGGGCCAUCCAGCUGCCAGAGAGCUUCACAGAGGCUUGCGGCAUGCAGUUGGGAGGCUCCGGCACAUUUUGGUAUAUAGGAAAUGUAUAAGGAACACUGAAGUUGUAUACAAAGAUUUGUACAUAGAGGAAAUACACAAAGAUAUUUCCUAAGUACCAACUUUAUAUCAUAUGUUUAUACAAUUUAAUUUAAAAAUUCAUUUUAAUGAAGGCAGAGAAUUGGAAAGAGUUCAUUUUGUUCAUUUUUCCAGACUUAGUUCAUAAAGUGUCACUUUCUGGCUGAGCCCCUGUUUACUAUAUUCUUAAUCAUCACUGUCACGCCCUUAAAUCUGUGCCUUUUUCUUCUCGAGCAGAGCUGUUUGAGUAAACCUGUUGAAGCGUCUUUUUGUCUCUUGUGCUCUUUUUGUGUUACUAUUAAAACUCCAACUAAACCGUAUGGUCAGAGGUGGCUGUAUGUUUGUUUCUGUACAAAAUUGUGGUUCUUUUUCCUCUUGGUAUUGUAGUUGCCAUAUUUCUUAAAAUGAAGUAAAAAAAAAAGACUCAUGGGUUUAAAGAAAAAACUGAGUUUGAGGGGGAAAUGGAAAAGUUUCCAAAGCAUUUCUAGUUAUUUAUUUCCAUAUUGUGUAUAUGCUUUAUCUUGAAUAUAAAAAUAAAAAUUUAUUAAAAACUUU